GCAUCAUGACAUGGAUACAAUAGUUUUGUUCUUUGAUUUCAUCAUAUUGCAUUGGUUAAUUAAGCAAAACCCUUGCUUUAUCAUCAUUCCUUCCCUCCCUUCUCCCACACUUAACCAACUAACACCAGCACUACCACCUACUUUUGUUAUUACCCUCUCUUAGUCUUGUCCUUGCACUUCAAGAAAAAGAAAAUGCUUUACACUGCAAUCAUUAUAAAUUUCAACCAAUUUGUUGGGUCACAACUAAAGUUGGUUUGUAACAGACUUUCCUCCUAGGUUGUUAACAUCCAUAUAAUCCACCCCAUUCCUUCCACGUUCUUUCAUUGUUUCAACUUCAAUCUUCUUCACAAAUUUCUCAGUUAAUAAGGUUAGAAUGAGUACAGCCAGAUUUAUCAAGUGUGUCACUGUUGGAGAUGGUGCAGUUGGAAAGACAUGCAUGCUUAUAUCCUAUACAAGCAAUACCUUUCCCACCGAUUAUGUUCCAACAGUGUUUGACAACUUCAGUGCUAAUGUGGUGGUGGAUGGUAGUACUGUCAAUGUUGGUUUAUGGGAUACUGCAGGACAGGAAGAUUACAACAGGCUAAGGCCCUUAAGCUACAGAGGAGCUGAUGUGUUUUUAUUAUGCUUUUCUUUAAUCAGUAAAGCCAGUUAUGAGAACAUUUCCAAGAAGUGGAUACCUGAGCUGAGACAUUAUGCUCCAAAUGUGCCUAUUGUGCUGGUUGGAACAAAACUGGAUUUGAGGGAAGACAAGCAAUUUUUCGUUGAUCAUCCUGGAGCUACAAGAAUAACAACUGCUCAGGGUGAAGAAUUGAAGAAGAUGAUUGGUGCAAUCACCUACAUAGAGUGCAGUUCUAAAACACAGCAGAAUGUGAAGAUAGUUUUUGACUCUGCAAUAAAAGUUGCACUGAGACCACAAAAACCAAAGAAAAAACCACGCAAGAGAAGGACUUGUUUUUUCUUCUAAGUAGUAUUUCUUAUUCAGUUGUUCUUAUUGUAUUUCCAAAAUCAUUAAUAUAACAGAAUCGAAAACACUAAGCUUUAGUGUUUUUUAUUCUUUUACAUUAUUGCUGUGAAGAAUAUUAGGCUUCUUUUUAAGUCUGGCAAAUGAAAUUUAGUACUGCAUUGUUGAAUUAAUUAUUUUCUUUUUUCUCCAA